AUGAUUAUUAGAUCAAAGAAUGUGUUUUCUUGCUUAUAUUUUCGACCCAGGCUAGGGAUACCAUUAGGCUUAUGGAUAGCUGUAUCUGUAAUGUAUUACUGGUGGCUUAUAUCUAGGAUAAGUUUGCUAGAGACACAGAACAAAGUAUUUAAAUCGCAGUUGAAGUUAUCACAAGAAUAUGAUGUUCCGCCUGGACCUGCUGCAUUGGGCACCUUGUGUGAAACAGUGGACAUAGCAUUAGUAUGUAUGGGCAAGUGCACUCGUCUUAUAACACCGAUGCUGAAGUCCUUGCUGCAUCACCGUCAGAACCCACUGCACUUUCAUUUUGUGGUGGACAGCACUUCACAACAUGCUAUUAGUGUACUAUUCGAUACAUGGGAUUUACCUGAUGUGAAAUACACAUGCUACAAUGCACAGAGCAAGCUAUCUGAAGUCCAAUGGAUUCCCAAUGCCCAUUAUUCAGGAGUGUUUGGAUUGGCAAAACUGCUAUAUCCAGAUAUCCUACCCAGUUCCCUAAACCAGGUUAUUGUGUUGGAUUCUGAUCUUACUUUUCUGUGUGAUGUGGCGGAAUUGUGGAAUAUGUUUAAGAAUAUGACUGAUGAUAAGUUUAUAGGUUUAGUAGAAAACGAAAGUAAUUGGUACUACUAUAAUGGCAAACGCUGGCCUGCAUUAGGCAGAGGAUUUAACACGGGUGUAAUGUUGCUAGACUUAAAAAAAUUACGCCGAAACACUGACUGGAACAGCCUGUGGCGUGAUGCUGUGAACUCUAACAUUGACACCCUGAAAGAGACCACUCUGGCCGAUCAGGAUGUCAUCAAUGCUAUUAUAAAGAGUCAUCCCAACUUCGUGUUUAACAUGAGUUGUCAGUAUAAUAUACAAAUGUCGACGAAGACGAUUGCGAAGGAUUGUUAUGGAGAAGACAGAAAUAACGUUAAGAUAAUCCACUGGAACUCACCAAUGAAGUACGAUAUAAGGGUCCGGGACUCUGAUUUUUUUAAGAAGAUCCAUCAGUCAUAUGUGAACUUUGAUGGCAAUCUACUUAAAAACAAGUUACACACAUGUUCUCAGAUUGAAGCUGUCACGUAUAAGAUGAACCACUCAGAUCUUUGCAUAAGCUUUCGAGCGGCCCAGCGUAUCAAACUACGCACACAUCUGUACUAUAUGGAUUACGAUCACGUGGACAUUGGAGACUUUGACGUCACACUCGUGCUGCAGCUCUCUAUGGAUCGACUGCAGUUCCUGGAAAGACUCGUCAAAUAUUGGGAUGGUCCCUUAAGUGUCGCCAUCUAUUUGUCGGACUGCGAAGUAACAAAACUGGAGAGCUUUAUCCGAGACUGGUCAGACACACUAAGUAUCAGGAAAAAUAUUGGUUACCAUCUUGUUUUUAAACAUGAUACGGUUCAUUACCCAGUGAAUUAUCUCCGAAACGUUGCUCUAGAGAAUGUAAAUACUCCUUACGUUUUUCUAAUGGACGUAGAUUUUGUACCCAUGCCGGGACUCUACGAACAUCUGCGAAACGCCAUACAACUGGUCAAUCCAUACCCACAGAAAAAGUGCCUAGUAGUGGCGGCGUUCGAGAGCCAGCGCUACCGCACGUCCCCGCCUCGCAGCAAGGCGGCGCUGCUGGCGCGCCUCGCGUCCGACGUGGCGCCGUUCCGCGCGCGCGAGUGGCCGCGCGGACACCGCGCCACCGACUACGCGCGCUGGGCCGACGCCACCGCGCCAUACGAGGUCGAGUGGCAGUCUGACUAUGAACCCUACUUAGUAGUACACAGGUCGAUACCAAAAUAUGAUACGCGAUUUUCUGGCUUCGGUUGGAACAAGGUGUCCCACAGCGUGGAGCUACGAGCUCAGGGGUACCGCGCCGUGGUGCUGCCGGGAGCCUUCGUCCUGCACACGCCCCACGCGCCCUCCCACGACAUCACCGCCUUCCGCGCCGACCCCCACUAUCGCAUCUGCCUCGCACUCUUGAAACAAGAAUUCAUGGACGAUUUGAAGAGAAAAUACAACGUUACUUUCGAUGACUCACCGAAGUCUGAUGGAAUUUAUUUAGGUCAAGCCAAAAGCCUUAUACUCAACCAGGCCAACGACAACGAGGUAAACAUUAAUUAA